ACGAGGAAGUCCAGGCACACGUCAUAGCUUCACUUUUCAGCUCAGUCUCCCGCCACAGACUCACUAGCCUACACAAGUUGACUCAAGAGCUACAUGGGACCUCAACAAGCUGUCGAUUGGCAAAACUGAUCAGUUUCCUGGAGUUUGCAUUGGGGAAGAGCAGAUGGCCUGCGAGUUGUACUUGAGCGAGAUGGCCAACUGUAUUGAAGAGGAUUUCCUACCACCAAACACCUCAAGGAAGGUGGAAAGUGGGAAAAAAAAGAAAUCCAAAAAACGAAAAAAUGACAAGGUCAGAAACCAGGGGGAGCCUUCACUCUGUCUCAGCUUCAGUCCAGAACACCACUCAAGGAGCUUAAAUGAUAUGGAGAAAAAGAAAAAGCAUAAAAAGAAAAAAAAUAAAUCAGUUUUAAAAGACAAAUUGGCACUGCAACCAAGCAAUGUACCUCCCGAGUUAAAAAUGUACAAGCCCUCUCAUAAGGUAAUUGUCAAGAGCAACACAGGUCAUCACCCAAUAAGGUCCCAAGCACUUGAAGAAAUGAGCAAGCGUGCACCAAAGGCUGUGAAAUAUGUUAGUCACGAUCGUGUCAAAGUUCGAUCUAAAAAGAGAGUUCUCUUUGAUUUGUCACCAAAGGGCUCAGUAGUUAAAACAUACCGUGAUGCACCACAAUUUGCAAUUUCCAAGACAACAUUUAUUUGUCCUGGUGAGGAACAUGAAACGUAUGCACCUAUACUCCAAGGAGCCAAGCACUGUGAGGAAUCCCUGGAGAGCGCUGAAGGCAUUGAUAGCCAGGAUCUGUUCAUAACACAGAAUACAUUUUUAUCUCCGUCACUGUUUCCAGUGCCCAGUGAUGAUGAAUUGACAUCAGCACCUGAGCUUAAGCUGACGUCACAACAGCAGCCAUCUCAAGAGCUACUACAAAAUGUUGCCAACAAGUCAACAGCAGAAAAAGCCACUCAGACAGAGAAUUUCUUCACAUCUCCAGAACGUUCAACCUUCCUCAAUUUUCAACUCAAUACAUUGACCAAAUGCACUGAGCAACCUGUUGACCUGAGCUUGCCCCAAAGACAGCGAGGGCAGAAGAGUAUGUGCACAAUAAGGGAGGAGAGUGACCUGCAUCACCAUAGCAAAACAGAUCUUACCCAGCUCAAAGUUGUGCAAAUGCGUCUCAACGAAUCAUUCUUUUUUAAGAUGAAAGGAGAGAAAGAGUCCCCAAAAUCACAAUGCCCAUUAAUGAAGCUUGAAGAGGACUAUGGAAAGAAACAUAAAAAGUGAACAUUGACUGUUGUUUAUGGAUAAGCUUGAAGUCUUAAAGACCAAUUCAGUAUUUCAGAAUCAACAUGUUCAGCUUUUGUUUCAUGGCCUUCUAAAAUAAUCUCAAAUACAGGGCCUACUUUUAAAUGUUAAAUCUACCUUGAUUUUGAGUCGUUCAUCAUUCAUGUUUAUGACGUUAUGAGCUAGAAAAGAGUUAUCCCUUGCUUACAAUUCAAAUUUAUUUAAUGACUUUUGUUCAAAA